AUGUCUUUCACGACAUCUGCUUCGCACACUCUGGACCCUCCAAACUGCGUUCCGCGUGACCGCUUCCGCAUGCAAUUCGACGAGGGAGACCACCGGUUUAGAAUCCUCGGAUGCCGCCAUGGCCUCACGCUCAUCUACCACGCGUCACGAGACCAGCUCCUGGUGUGGGACCCCGUUAAUGGCGACCGACACAACGUCGAUAUUCCCCCAGGGUUCAACAUGACGGAGACCCAGAUCCAUGGGGCAGUUCUUCAAGCUGCCGGAGACACCCGCCACUUUCAAGUGGUCUUGGUAGGCAACGAUGAGAAACAGUAUACACGAGCGCUCGCCUGCACUUACUCGUCGGAGAACGGAGCAUGGGGUAAUCUCAUCUCAACACUGCUUCCACCCAAGCCCAAGGACUGCAGGAGCCGCCUUCCCACCACGAUUUCUCUGUCCACUCCUAGUGUCCUGGUUGGUGAUUCCCUUUACUGGUUUCUUGCUGAAAGUUCAGCUAGCAUCCUUGAGUUUGAUUUGGGUAGGCAGAGCCUAGCUGUGAUACCAUUGCAAGUGGAUGUGUUUGCUAACGAGAAUUGA